AUGCGACUAGAAGAGGAUCAAGUGCAAUUUGGACAAUGGCUCAGUACUCUGGGAAACGGUACACUGCGAAUUCUUGAGCCCCGCCCCAUGAUAAAUGGCGUUGACGAUCUAAUUGAAGUACCCUCAGAGUGUGUGGUGGAACCAAAAGGCGAGCUAAUUGACAAUGUGUUUGGUGAACAACUGGACCAAGAUACGUCCAUGACAGCGAUACUCUGUCUAACAAAUGUGUCCGCUAACGAGAUAAACGCUCAUAUAUUGAGAAAAAUUGCACUAGAAGAGAGAGAAUAUCUCAGCUGUGACAGCUACACACUUGAUCCCAAUGACAAUUUUGACCCACCAAUUGAACAUUUGAAUUCAGUUGAAGCUCCCGGUCUACCACCGCACAGACUGACAUUGAAAAAGGGAGCCGUGGUAAUGCUUUUAAGGAAUGUUGAUUUACGAGCAGGCAUGUGCAAUGGAACUCGAUUGAAAGUUGUACAACUCCACGACCACACAAUUGACGUCGAGAUUUUGAGUGGAAAGCACAGGGGUGAACCCCUCCUACCAGACCUAACAAGGCAUAGAGAUCUGCAUGGACACAACACAAGACAUGCAGGCAACUUCCACCUUCCGGCACACAGAACAGCCACCUAUGCAAAAAAACCAUCUUAUGCUGGAAUCAAGAUAUAUAACACACUGCCUGAAGACUUGAAGACCAACAGCCCACAGAACCUGAAGAAGGAACUCCGGACCUGGCUCCAGGAAAGACCCUUCUACAGCAUGGAAGAGUUCUUCAAUUGGAGGGACAAUGCAUGA